CUUACUGGGCAGUCUACCUGAGACACAAGAAACUCGUGGAUUUGCUCCUCAGUGCCCCCAUGGAGCCAAACGCCAGGCGACGGGCAUUAGUCCUCUGUUUACUUGCCCUGGUGGGUAUCAGCCUGCUAGUAGUCACUACCGUUAUGUGGGUGCACGCCUCGCCGUCGCUGAUGCCUGUUGCGUCCGCUGCAAGUUCUGCAUCCGAUACGCCCGCAUCAACGGCGACUAGUGCGACUUCUACGUCAGCUACUACUACUAGUGCAACCUCUACGUCCGUUUCGGUCCAAGUCGUUACCGUGGUUGCAACAGUACUACACACCGGUACCACCGCCAUCGUCACUUCAACAAGUCUCGAAGUGGCCACCGUAACAGUACAUGCGGCUACGGCUACGGCUACCGUCACCGUAUGACUGCGGCGAGGGCCUUUCGUGCCUGAUACUCGGACAUCCCUGUUGCCGAGGAUACCAACCCAUUUCAAGCUGUUGACUCGGGUACUCAGAAACUCCAAGUCGGACGAUCCCAGUAAAGUCCCAUUCGUACUCCUUCGUCCAUGAGUUCAUGAUCUUGCUCGACACUCCUCUGCCCAACAUCGUCAUCUAUAAAUACAGCCUAGCGAAUUAAGGACAAGCAACUCCAAGUCGGCUACCGUUCUGGCUGGCCACUGGGAAAACCACAAUUUCCUGUGAGUGCAAGUUCCCUGUACCAUCUUCGUGCACUGUUUUUGACCUUAUUCUUCUCACACUUAUCUUGCUAGGAGCUCUCUCUCUCUCGUACUUCGAAUAGAGGUAUUCACAUGAAUUGACAGAAGGUUCUCAUGGAAGCAGGGGUAAUGUGGCUGGGGUUGUUGUGGAACAUUUGGUACUAUACUUCGCUUGUCUGCCGCGAGCGAUAAGGUGCUUCUUUUUUUGAAGGGUGGCUCGUCAGGAGAAGUUGGAGGCAAACAUUUUGGGUUCAGUUCCUUAAAGAAAAACAAAACAACACAACACAAAUAACCAAGAGCCUUUCUUUCCCAUCUUCACAGAUGUUCCAAUGCCCCUAAUGCAUAUCCGAGCAGAUACAAGACGGGAAGGCAUCGCGCAUCGUCAAUUAUGAUGCUGGCACCCGUGCCUGGCCAUAACAAGGUGCACCUGCUCAGCCUUCCAAAACAGAAAAGAUUUGAAAUAUUUUCAGCAGAAUCUUCUGGGUCAGGAUCCGAUGAUUGUUCGGGAUAUAUAUAGUAUUAUUCAUGGUCAUAGUGACCCCACCGACGCCCAUCGAGGCUCGUUCGCAGUGGAGGCCUCAAGAUUACCCCAUGGGGAAGUGGACCUGCGGUUUCGGGAACUCCACAUCCUGUCGCGGUUCCCAUCAGUUCCUUUGGCGUCCGAACCUAGCCGAUUAAAAUCUGGGGUAGAGUUGGUCUCGUUCACUGCAACAUCAACGUGUGUAGCUGAUGGAAUGCCGAGAACCGAAUCCCAGCUGCCACGCCACAUGCGACAAAUCUGGGCUCAAAGACCCCGUGUCUGAUACCAGCCAGCAAGAUGGCUUCUUCUUUUACAGCAUGCGGCGCCUCGCAACCACUUCCAGCUUGAUCAGGACUUAGCUGAGGGAUGAAGGAGUCACGGUUGUUACAGGGGAUCCGCUUUCUCGCU